UAGGUACAGUUAUAAACGUCGAGCAUACAGAAUGUGUUCAGUCAAGUGUCCGAGUCGUAAUAGCUGAUAUGUGCCGCUUACUUUGCUUUUGUCUUCGUGAAUGGUGAUGCACCGAUUAAAUUUAACCCUUAGGCGAGAUGGUUUGGUUUAUGGAAGGAAUGUGCUAUUUACCUACUUUUCUGGUAAUCUGGUCAUCGAGCACAUUCAUAAUAUCUUAUAUCAUCGCAUUGCUUCGACGAGAUGUUGAUGUUGUCCUUCCUUAUAUCAGUGAUACAGGGGCAACUCCACCUGAAAGUUGUGUGUUUGGAUUCAUGUCGACAAUCACUGCGUUUGCAGCCUUUGCUACUAUGUAUGCUGAAUAUAAAUUUGUGGAAAGAGUCCAUGAGAGAACCGGUGCCGUGUCCCCUUGUCUGAACAAGGCUUCUUUUGCUAUUGGCGUCAUCUCUUGUGUCGGCAUGUGUUUGGUUGCUACAUUUCAGGAAACGACGGUGAUGCCAGUCCAUGAUUUGGGUGCUUUACUAUUCUUCGGCUCUGGGGCUAUAUAUGCUGCCAUUCAGAGCGUGAUCUCGUACCGCGCUCAACCUUACGGACCUUCUAAGUGCAUGUGUCAUGUCCGUGCACUCUUCGCUGCAUUGGCCUGUCUAGCUGUUUUUCCCACAAUUUUCUGUGCAAUUCCUGUUGGAAUAAGCAAACUUCACUGGGACACCAAUGAUAAGGACUACACACUUCAUCUAGCGAGUGUUGUGUGUGAAUGGAUCACUACCUUCAGUUUUGUCUUCUUCUUUUUAACAUACAUCCAAGAGUUCCAGCAAUUCACUCUGAAACUGACUGUUAAUUUAAUAGAGUAUUAAUGACCAUGACAUCAUACUGUUACUGGACGAGUUAUGUUUUUAGUGCAUUUUUAUUAAUAUAACUGUAUUUUUUAUACAACUUAUUACCUUUUUUCACGUUGAAAGAUCUGUUGCAGUACUGUGUAAUCAUGUAUAUUUUUGUAGCUUGUACUUCAGUCUUGGGAAAAAAAGGCAUAAAACAUACUUGAAAUGUAAUACACUCUAACCACUUGAGGCCAAACAAUUUAUACAGCUUCGUCACAUUGAUUCUUGUUUUAUAAUCAACCAAGACAUAAUAGUUGAGCACGUUCAUAUUUGCAUUCAUUUUUGUUAAUCACUCUUCGCUUCGGUUAUAACGUCUUGCUUUGUUGUUUUUCUUCUUGAUCAUUCUAAAACUUCAGUGCAGCUGGAAGUGAGCCAAAGGUGUUUUUUACUCUUGCUCUUUAAGCAGUACAAUGUGAAUGUAUGUCCGUUGAUUGCACAAUGUGUGUUUUUGUAAUUGUGAAAUAAAAACACAUGACAAUGA